UUUUUUUUUGUAUGAGUGUGUUGGUGACCACUACUUUUUCUCAGGGCGCUGUCUUUUACGCAGGAGAAACCCUGAGUUGCACUAUAUCGUUUACAAACCCUAUACACACUUGCACCAAACCAGUCAAGUCGUCUAUUUCAGCACCUCAUUUUCCUUCUCUUUCACCACAACCAAGGACCUCACAACGCUCUAUUACUUCCUUAGCUUCUUCUACGUUUGCUUUCUUGACUCGUACACCUGCUUUUGAGGAUGAGCAGCCUAUUCCUAUCGAACUCGACUCACCUACACCGCGCUCCAGUAUGGACACAUUGGUUCACCCUCAACCGAGUCCACGUAGCUCGAUUGAUUCAAAUGCUUCAUUUCGUACUCAACGUUAUUCCAGUCUAAAACGACCCAUGUCUGAACACCUGUUGUGUGGAUUUGCUCAAGUGGUAGGCAGUUUUAUUGCUGAUCCAAACCUGAUCAAUCUCAGCGAAUUUGAUCCAUUAAAGAAACAUACCAUGUAUACACCUCAAGGAGGAUUUGGAGGUGGUGGUGGAUUGAUGAUGGCCAAGGCAGAUAGUUCCUUAGAUACACGUACAUUACCUGUUUUCUCAACACCACCUUCUAUCUUGUUUGUUGACUUGGAUUUAGCACCAGGCGAAACCAAGAAAUUUUCUUACAAGAUUCAAUUGCCUCAUGAUAUUCCACCAUCUCACCGAGGCAAAGCCAUUCGAUUCAAUUAUUAUCUUGUUGUAGGCACACAAAGUACAAAACAACCAGGACAAGUAGUCCAGAUUCGAUUUCGUGUAUUAAAUCAUGUAUCAGAGAAUGGAUCUCGGCCUAUUUAUGAUCUAAUGAACCCUGUAGUGAGGUACAAAGAUGAAGCCAUGACUGUAGAAGACAGCGAUCAAAAGCAAACAAGAAGGACCAAGAAGACAAAGAAAGUAUUAGAAGAGAAAAAGGCCUUUUUGGAUUAUGUGAAUGAAUUACUUGAGAAUACAAAUCAAAGGCAUGAAAUUACAAGAAGAGAAAGUGAUGCUUAUGAACCUCAUCCUGAAGAAGAAGAAGAAAUUGUCCAUACAAAAUCAUGCUCACAAAUUGUGUCAAGGAUUACACAUCAAAGUAGAAAAGCCAUGUAUGAUAUCUGUAAAAAUAAUCAAAGGGUAGCCAAACUACAUCUUGUCAAGACAGCACAUCGAUUGGGUGAACCUGUGAUUGGUGUAUUGGAUUUUAGUGAAGCAGUGCUGUCUACGUAUAAAAUUUCUAUCUUUUUAGAAAGCAGCGAAUCAGUGGAAGACACUAUUGCACUCAGAUCAUCGCAGCAUAUUCAACGCGUAUCAAGAAAGACACAUUCUGAUUUCCAUUCAUUUUGCCUUGAUCAUAAGCGACUUUCUUUUUCAUUGCCUAUACCAGCUACUGUAGCACCUGAAUUUCAAACGACAGGAGUGUCGCUUGCCUACUUUUUAAAAUUCGAAUUUAUUACAAGCAUAGAUAAUCAAGUACCUUUUAUACCAAUAAUCACGGAUGAUAAACAUCGUCACCAUCAAUGCUUACAAGACAUUCAAGUGAGUACAUUUGAUUGUCAGAUUCCAUUGACUGUCUACGGCUCACCUGGUGGUGUGGACAGAGCCUUGUAUGGUCGACCCCAUACAUUUCGAGUUCAAUGAAUAAUAAAAUUGACACUAUGCUUUGUUUAGUGUGUCUGAUCAUGAUUGCGUUAUUAAACAAAUAAAUCUGAAAAAAGUCGAUCUUUUGCUGUUUCCGA